UAAUAAUAUGCUGAAUCAGAAGGAAAGGCAUUCUAAAGUAGAAGAAGAUGAUUUUACUCUUAAUACUUCAAGUGCUGAACCAUUAGAAUUGGAUGAUCAUUAUACAAAAUAAAAAUCGAUUGCUUGGGGGAGGUGUCAUCCGAUGAUGUUUAGGAAGGGGAGUCCGACUGUUGUUAUUGGACCACAUUGUAAUUUAAGAUUUGAUUUAAGGGCCGUUAUUUAUUUGUGCUUUUCUUUCAUUCUUUAUAAUGGGAGUACUCUUUAUUUUCCUUAGGAUUAAUGAGGAUCCAUUUAUAUUUUAUACUACUCUUAUUAUUAGUAUUAAUCAAUGUAUCAGUUACCUUAUUGUUGCACUGAUCAACCCUGGGAUUGCUAAUAUAGAGAGAGUCGACAUUGAAAAGAAUCAGGAAACUAGUCAAAAAACAUGGUAAACUAUUUUGUUAUGGAAAGGUAUUGCAAGGUGUGUAAGUUGAUUCAAAGCAAGGAAACUUAGCAUUGCUAAGAUUGUGAUAUUUGUAUUUAAGAAUUUGAUCAUCAUUGUCCUUGGACUGGGAAAUGCAUUGGUAAGGGGAACAUCAAAUAGUUUUAUUAUUUUAUCAUAAGUUCGAUAGUGUUUAUGAUUUUUAACCUUGUGUUAAUUUUACUAAAAAUUAAAGAAUAGGAUUCUAGAGCACAUUAAUAACAAUGAUUAGUUUUAUUAAU